AUGGAUAUCUUUCAGAGACAUGAGACUGAGUUUGAAAAUAGUGGCAAUAAUGACUCUCUAAGCGGAGAGGAUAGCGUGUUAACCUCUGCCUGUCCAGAUGGGAGCAGCGAAAAGAACCAUGUUUGUUGUCUUCUCAACAUCAGUGCCCUUACGCUUGAGGAAGAUAUGAAGGCCAAGGAGUUUGUGAUCGGCACGGGAUGGGAAGAAGCAGUCCAGGGCUGGGGCAGGAUUGCUCCAAACGCCUGCAUCUGGCCCAGGAAGAAGCUUAAGAAGGUGAAGGUGGGAGAAAGUUCUGGCAACUGCUUAGUCUGUCUCGGCCUCUCCCAAGGGGGUGCCGAGGCUAAAGCCCAGCUGGCAGGAAAGCCGGAGUCGGGGGCUCGCACCGAAACUGGCCCAGAGAAGGCUCACGGCAGCCCUGGCCCGUCUCCGGGACGCCCGCCGACCCCCGCCGCUGCCCCCAGGGAGGUCAGCAAGAUGUGCUUACCCACCUGUAGUCAGGGCGAGAAAAAGUCUCUGCAAAUAAAAGAGUUUAUUUGGUGCCUCGAGGACUGGGCCAGCCCAGAGGCUGCCCGGGCCAAGGACUCCAAGUGUCCCCGCGGCGCCGACAGGGCCGCGGCCACCGCCGAGCCCUUGGUGUCCAAGGCGCUGGUGGUGCUGCCCCCUCUGAAAGCUGCGUCCCCCAAAGGCGUGGGUGUCCUGGGCAGAAAGAGCGCGGGCCUCUGCUGCCAGCCGGAGGAGAAGGUGCCGGCGGUGGGAAAGGAGGAGUGUGUGACUUGCACGUUUGGGUUGAAAACGGGGGACCGGAGAGGCGAGAAGCACCCCCUGGAGCUGGCCAUGCACCUCAAGGUCAAAGACCUGCUGCCUUUCCCGCCCCCCGGCUCGCGGACGCCCCUGCUGGCCUGCUCGGAGCCGUGCUGCCUGCACUGGGCCCUGCUGCCAGAGAAAGUCCCCCUGUGCCCUCCCCAGCCCAAGAACCUCCGCUACCUCGCCACCUUGCGGCUUCUGAAGAAUCAGGACGCGCAGAGCCACAAAGCCAAGUUGAAAGCCAAGGAGGGCCGACAGCUGGCCGAGGCCCAGAAGCGGGCGCGCCCCGAGGGCCGGCCGGAGGACAGGGCGCCGGGCCUGGAGGCCGGAGUGUUCCCCAGGCCGCUCUUGCCGUCUCUCACCGUGAACAGAGUCGUUAUUCCCGUCUCCACUCACAGGUUCCUCUGAGCUGCGACUGUCCAACGCCCGGGGAACCGGCACCACGGGAAACACCUUCAGCCGCCAGCUCCUGCCCCGC